AUGCAAAUAAUAUUAGCAUUUGCUGAGCAAGCUAUUUCACUUCCUGACAAUAUUGUGUAUCAUUGUGCUGUUAAGGGUGUCUUUACUGGACGUUGUGGAACACAACUAGACCAUGGUGUUGUUGCUGUUGGAUAUGGUACAGAAAACGGCCUAGAUUAUUGGAUUGUGAAAAAUUCAUGGGGUCCAAAUUGGGGAGAGAGCGGGUACAUCAGGCUCCAGCGCAAUAUGGCUAAUACGAAAACAGGGAAGUGCGGGAUAGCAAUAGAGGCCUCGUACCCUCUCAAGAAUGGUCAGAACCCUCCUAAGCCUGGACCUUCCCCUCCAACCCCAGUUAAACCUCCGACUGUGUGUGAUGAUUACUACACCUGCCCGGAAGGAAGCACGUGCUGCUGCGUGUACCAGUAUGGCAACUUCUGCUUCGGCUGGGGAUGCUGUCCGUUGGAGUCUGCUACUUGCUGCGACGACCAGUCGAGCUGCUGCCCACAUGACUAUCCCAUCUGUGAUCUUAAAGCCGGAACUUGCCUAAUGAGCAAGGACAAUCCGGUGGGAGUAAAAGCUUUGAAACGAGGCCAUGCUAAGCCAAACUGGGCUCGUGUGCUUGGUGAUAGGAAGAACCCGAGUUCUUGA